UUUUUGUAUAUAAUUUCAGUCUUACAAAAAUAAACACCUUGGAAAUAUAAAAAUAACACAACGCAAUGAAUAGUAAAAUAAUUAUUUUCCUAUUUGCUAAUAUCCUAGCACUAUCACGGGGAGCUGAUGAUUUUGGAAGUCAAGAAAUCUUUACCACAAAUGUACAGGCUUCAACACCAACCUUAGGAGGCGUUAAUUGUUUAAUUGAAGCCGUCUUCAAUGUGGAGAAUUUAGCCAACGACUUCAGCUACAACAUUCAAGUAUGUAACGUAAAUGCAUCCGCUGUAGUUACUGAAAUCUUAAAUUUAUGCAAUACCAUUACCGAAAAUACCGGAGAGAUCAUUAACGCCGAUGAUAUUGUUUGCAAAAAUGCUGCCUAUGAAGAGUCAGAUGCUGGUAAAUCGGCGCCUGUAGCUUGUACGGAACAAAUUAAUACGCUAAUGGCUAAUCUCUUUGCGGCUGUUUCAAAUACUUAUAAAUAUUUGGCUUCAGAUGAAUCAGCAAUUGGAGAUACCUGUAGUGCAAUUGCUGCAAAUACAUUAAAGAUAAAUUUACCAAUUCUUCCCGAAUCAGUUAAUAAUUGUGCUUUGUUAUUUAAACAUUUAAAGUUUUAUUAAUUUUUUUUAAAUAAAAGUGAAAGAAGCAUUUGAAGAAGCUUGUGUUUUUUAGCAAAAUCUCUUA